UCCUCCGGCGCGGGCUCCAAGAGUUGGAGUUCCGUUGCUCCGCGGAGGCGGCGCCGGGUCGCGGCGUGGGAGAGGCGGGCUUAGCCCUGGGCGGCGGCGCUUCCUUGGCUUCUACCGGCGAGCGGGCGAGCGCGACCCGGAGUUUACUUCUGCAUCUUGCGUGCUCAGGAAUUGGCGGAUCCGGCGCGUUCAGGGUCUUUCUACAUAGCCCUUGCUGUCCUGGAGCUCAGUAUGUAGAUCAAGCUGACUUCACACUCAGAGAUCCACUUACCUCUGCCUCCUGAGAGUUGGGAUUAAACGCACAUGACACAAUGCCUGGCUCAUCUUAUCAAAUUGAAACAUGUGUCUCUAUAGACUUACAGAGUUAAAUGGAGAAAUUGGUACACCUCACUCUUAACUGUGAACUUGCGUGAAUUUUAUAAUAGUCACAGUACCUAUUGCCCUGAAAUGCUCCAAAUACAUGCUCAGCAUAAUAAGAAACAAGGAAUGCAAGUAACAACAUAGAAAGAGGAAAGAUCACUGCUGGCCAUUUAUAUGUAUAAAUUCGUAGACGUGUCCUUCAAAUUCUGGAAGAGUGGUCCAGUAUCUCAUCAUCAUCUGUUCAGGAUAGAAGCUAUGAGUUUGUCCCACGGUUUAUUUUCUAGAGACCCAGGCUACUUUCAUAAUGAAAAGACAGAGAUGGACAGGAUGAUGUCUGACUGCCUGAGAAGUAGUUACCAGGAGUCAGUGACCUUUGCGGAUGUGGCUAUAGACUUCACCCAGGAGGAGUGGAUUUUAUUGGACACAAAACAAAGGAACCUGUACAGAGAGGUGAUGCUGGAGAACUACCAGAACCUGGCCACAUUAGAAUGGGCUAUGCGACUUAAGACUGGAGGGACAUUGUUACAGCAAGAUAUUUUUCAGUCAGAUAGCUACAGUGGAAAGGAGCUCUCCAAGCCACCUGGAGAAAUCUUCAAAGAACCUUCAUGUAGUCUGACACACAUAGGUAUCCAAAAGAGAGGAGACAUUUGUGAUCGUCUUCAGUAUGGACAAGCCUUUCCUACUUGGCCAGGGGAAACCUCUUCUGCAGACAAGUUAAGUCCUGAGUUAAGCCAGUACGGAAAAGACACCAGUCUGAAUGCAAGUGCUGUUUACCAGACAACAUCCACACAAGCCAAUUUCCUCAAAUCUAGUGAAUUUCAGCAAGCCUUUGAUAGUCAUUCAUACCUUCAGGCAUCUGGGAGAACUCACAGUGAAGACAAACUCUUUAAAUGGGUACAGUGUGGUGAUGCUUUUAAUCCUGCUAUGAGCCAUGCUGGGAAUUGUCAAACAUGCGCUGAAAAGAGACCCUAUGAAUGUAAAGAAUGUGGGAAAAGUUUUAAAUAUUCUGCCAACCUUAAUAUUCAUAUGCGUGCCCACACUGGGGAAAAACCUUACCAAUGUAAGGAAUGUGGGAAAGCCUUUUCUAGGUGUUACCCACUAACUCAGCACUUAAAAACUCACACUGAAGAGAAGCCCUUUGAAUGUAAGGUUUGUGGAAAAUGCUUUAGAAAUUCCUCAUGCCUUAAUGAUCACUUUCGGGUUCACACUGGAAUAAAGCCCUAUAAAUGUAAGGACUGUGGCAAAGCCUUCACAGGGCGCUCUGGCCUUAGUAAGCAUUUACCAACACAUACCGGAGAGAAGCCUUAUAGUUGUAAGGAAUGUGGGAAAGCCUUCACUUCAACCUCAGGCCUUAUUAAACAUAUGAAAAGUCACAUGGGGGAGAGACCCUUUGAAUGUGAUCAUUGUGGCAAAGCUUUUGCUUCUUCCUCAACCCUUAUUACACAUUUGAGAACACACACUGGAGAGAAGCCCUUUGAGUGUAAAGUAUGUGGGAAAGCGUUUACAUGUUCUUCUUAUCUUCGCAUUCACAUGCGGACUCACACUGGAGAGAAGCCCUAUGCUUGUAAGGAAUGUGGCAGAGCCUUCACUGAGCGCACAAGCCUUACUAAACAUUUACGAACACACACUGGAGAAAAUCCCUUUGAGUGCAAUGUGUGUGGAAAAGCAUUUGCGUGUUCUUCCUACCUUCAUAAUCACAUACGAACUCACACUGGAGAGAAACCUUAUGUAUGUAAGGAAUGUGGGAAAGCCUUCACUGUUUCUUCACAUCUAAGUAAACAUGUAAGAAUUCACACAGGAGAGAAACCCCAUAAGUGUGAGGAAUGUGGGAAAGCAUUCACUGUGCGCUCUGGUCUCACAAAACAUAUACGAACUCACACUGGGGAGAAGCCCUAUAAUUGUAAAGAAUGUGGGAAAGCCUUUACUACCUCUUCAGGCCUCCUUGAACAUAUGAGAAGUCACACAGGAGAGAAACCAUAUGAAUGUGACCAGUGUGGGAAAGCCUUUGCUUCUUCCUCCUAUCUUAUUGCACAUCUGAGAAUUCAUACUGGAGAGAAGCCCUUUGAGUGCAAUGUGUGUGGGAAAGCUUUUACAUGUUCCUCUUACCUUCACAUUCACAUGCGGACACACACGGGAGAGAAACCUUAUGAAUGUAAGGAGUGUGGGAAAGCUUUUGCUGUUUACUCACAUCUAAGUAAACACGUAAGAAUUCACAGCGGAGAGAAAGCCUAUAAAUGUAGAAGUUAUGGAAUAGCUUUCAAUAGUUCUCAUCUUACAGAACAUAUAAAAACCCUUGAGAUAAAUUCUUUGGUUGGAAGGAAUGAAGAGACUGCUUUAGGAAGUUCUAUUGCUUUAGCAGUGCAUUCAAAUUCACAGUGGCAAGAAAGCUUGUCAGCAUAAGCCAUUUGUAAAGUGAUUAUAUACUAGUUAACUUCAAAGAUGGGAAAGAACUCAUGCUGCAAAGAUGCCUAAUGGGAAGACAUAAGAAUGCUCAAAAUCCAGUUCACAUGAACUCACUCUGAAGCUGUACAAUGUCGGAAACAUGGAAAGCCUUCAUGGUUUCAUGGGCUUUUUAUAAGUAUGGGAGAGAAACUCUUGAUAUGCAAUGUGGAAAAUUGUAUUUCUGCUUAGUGCUCUAAUUACCUAGAGUACCACACUGGAGGACUUUGUGAAAGUAAGAACUGCUGGAAAGUAAUUAUAUUAGUUAUCAAUAUUCAGUAAACAUGAAGUGAUCCACAUUUGGGCAAAUGUGUAUAAAAUAUGGAGAUUGUUUCUAUGUCUUAAGAUCUUGUAUACUAGCAGAAACUUGGCUUUCUUGAUAGUUUUAUACAUUUGUUUUGACCACUUUUUACAUUUUCAAUACUUGAGAUAUUUUAAUAUUUGCACUUAGUGACUUUUCAGUCUUAAAAUCGAUUUAAGAUGUACAAAAUUCUGUGGAACAUAUGUAUAUGAAACAAUUAUUAGAUUACUUAAAAUGUGAUACAGUAAUUUGGUUUUGGUAUGAUGCAGCACUUUUUACCAUCUUAGAAAAUUCAGGUGAAGAACAUUAUUAACUAUAUUCAUCAACUGCACUCUUAAGUUGCUUAUCUUGUAAUGGAAAAUUUAUAACCUUUAACAAUAACUCAUAAACAUUAACUCUUAGCACUUGGUAACCACAAUCACAUUUUUUUACUUCUGUUUACUGUAUCCCUUUCCUCUUUUAAAGACAUGGUCUCACUAUGUAGUUCUGAGUGUCCUUGAACUCACUAUGUAGACCAGCCUGACCUUGAACUCACAGAGAUGUUCUGUCUCCCAAGUGCUGGGAUUAAAUGAGUACACCACCUUGCCCAGCUAUACUCCAUAUUUUAAUAUGGUUAUGCAUUUUUAAUUUUUGUGUCUGGCUUAUUUUCGCAACACAAUGUUUUCUAGUUUUAUCUCUGUUGUCUUGCAUGACAGAAUUUACUUUAAAAAACAAAAAGGGUAAAUUCUACUUGUUUUUUGAGACAGGGGUUCUCUGUGUAACAGCCCCAGCUGUCCUCAGACUAGAUCUGUAGACCAGGCUGGCCUUGAGCUCACAGAUAUCCACCUGCCUCUGCCUCCCAAGUGCUGGGAUUAAAGGCAUGCACCACUACUGCCUGGCUGAUAUUCUGCUUUUUAUGCACACUCAGAAUAUUUGUAUAUAUGUGCAUUUGUGUUGUGUGUUUGCAUGCAUCUCUGUUUAUGAAUGUGGGCUCUAUAAUGUGUAUGUAGAGGUCAGAGAAGAACAUUGGGUUUCAUCCUUGACUUGUACCUUAAGACAGAGUAGAUUUCUCAUCUCCCCAGCCCCUAUGGAAGUUUCUUUUCACAAAGGAACCCUUAUGUUGUUUCCAUACUGUAUUGUUGGAAAUAAAUUGAACUGCUACAUUGAACAUAGGUUGCAAAUAACCCUAUAAGCAUUCCUUGAGUGUAUGCCCAUAAUUAGUUUGUUGGAUAUUUUAGUUGGCAUAUUUAUAGUUUUAUGUGGAGCUUUGAUACUGCUUUCCAGAUAGCUCUACCAAUUUUUAUUCCAUUCAAAAUGACAGUAUAUGCAUGACAGUAUAUUAUUAGGUGCCUUUUGUUUCUCUAUAUUGGCUCAAACUUGCAGUAUUAUGAUGAAUAUAAGUACCAAGCAGAAAUAUCGUUGUUCUUGAUCUUACAGGAAAAGCUCUGGACUUUUCAUUGAGUGUGAUGAUAGUAACUGGCCUGCCAUACAGAUGUAGUCAAUGAUAAAUUAGGUGCAUUCAUUUCUAUAUUAAAUUUGUUGUAUCAUGAAAGAGUGUGACUUUUUAAGUGCCUUUUAUUUUUGUAACUUUUUCUAUGGUGAUUUAUUUAUUCUUUUAUGUGAUGUAUGACACCUGAUUAUUGCAUAUGUUGAAUAAAUGUUGCAUUUAUGUGUGAAUCAAAACUA